AUGGCCGACGUCAAUCUGACGGUCUGCGCGUCGCCAGGGCGCUGCGCGGAGGCACCCUCGUUUGCCAAUGGCACGUGGCCGCAGGGGCUCCUAUGGAACGAGCACGGCGAUCGAUGGCGCGUGUGCCGCAACUGCACACGCUCCCGUGCAACGGUGGGCCUGCGGCCGUGCAGCCAGUCAGAGCAGCGGCAGGAGGCGUUCGUGUGGUCUCUGGCUGCGUCGCUCGGCGUGGAGACGGGCGGCAUCUUUGUCGAGCUCGGCGGGAACGACGGGCGCACGAGCAGCAACACGCUCUUCUUGGAGACCUGCGCAGGGUGGCGAGGGGUGCUGAUCGAGGCGAACCCGAUUGCGUUUGCCAAGCUGCGACUCCGGCGGCCAGCGGCGGUGGCAGUGCAGGCGGCGGCCUGUGCCAGCGGCAGCGACAAGGCCACGCUCGUGGUCCGCUCGAGCAGGGGCGCGAGGCGCCGAGGGCGACUGAUUGGCACCGCAGACGUCGCGGCGGGCAUAGAAACGCUGGUGCCGCGGCUCGGACACGAGUGGUUGCGAGCGCGUCACGCCGAGGUGGUUGUGCGAUACCACGUGCCGUGCGUUCAGCUCGGCGAGCUCUUCUCUGCCCUCCGGUCGUUGCUCUCGCGCCCUCCCUCCAUUGGCAUACUGGUGGUUGAGAUGCGCGCCGGCGACGCAGCCACAAACCUCCCCCUGCUGGCCGCGCUGCGGGCCGGCGGCUUUGAGCUGGUCCGGUCGCUCCGCGUCUGGGCGAGCCACAGCGAUAGGGGGCCCGUCUUUCUGAUGGACAGCGUCUACCUUCGAGUGGAGCACUUUGUGAGUUCGGGGGGGCUCCCGGCCGCGGCCCUCGGCUUCCUCCUCUCCCAGCCGACGCAAGCGCGAUUUGGGAUCAACAUGCGCCGGCGACCGGGGCGUCACGGCGGAAAUUACUCGAUGGAGGAGCCCGAGGCGCUCUUCGCACGGCUGCCACAGGCAGACUCGACGUAUGCGAGAAAGGUGUUUAGCUAG